CUGAGACGUGGUUGGGAUGCCAAGUUUUUCUCAGGUCCUUACUAUAAAACGCUAACCCGUUUCCUUUUCUUCUCUCAAGCCUUGUAAAGUCUCCUCACUUUGAAGCCAGUUUCGCAGUAGGUAAUCCGGCGACGUCUGUAGUUGAUUUUGGCAGAGUUUCUUCUUCACAUUCGUCGAUUUGAGAAGGUGUACCUCCAUAUCGGCUUCUGCCAUUAAUGUUCGAUAAGAUUGGAGAACUAGCCCUUGAAAGCAUUUCCUGAAUUCAAAAUCGCGAAGUAAAUUUAGAAACUCAAAUCCAGUUGUGUUAGGGCAAGACAUUGGUGAUGACGGUUGAAGUGUUCUGAGUUCAGAAUCUCAUUUUACGGAAAUUUAAGAUCAAAGUUGGAGAGAACAUUCUUUCUUUCAGGAAGAUUAUAGAAGACAUGGUAUCAGACAAUAAUGGGCAUGUUCUUAUGCAAAAGUAUGAAUUAGGAAGACUGUUAGGGCAAGGAACAUUCGCUAAGGUUUACCAUGGCAGAAAUAUCAGAACUUCGCAUAGUUUUGCUAUAAAGGUGAUCGAAAAAGAGAAGGUCUUCAAGGUAGGCCUCAUAGACCAGAUAAAGCGAGAGAUUUCAGUUAUGAGAUUACUAAGACAUCCAAAUAUUGUUCAGCUUUAUGAGGUGAUGGCAAGCAAAACCAAGAUCUAUUUCGUCCUUGAAUAUGUUAGAGGCGAAGAGCUGUUCCAUAAGAUUUCCAAAGGCAAGCUAAAGGAAGAUGUUGCUAGGAAGUAUUUUCAGCAGCUGAUCAGUGCUGUAGAUUUCUGUCACAGCAGAAGGGUUUAUCACCGGGAUUUGAAACCUGAGAACCUGCUCCUGGAUGAAAAUGAGAACUUAAAAGUUUCAGAUUUCGGACUAAGCGCCCUUGCAGAGUCGAAGAGGCAAGAUGGCUUGCUGCACACUGCCUGUGGAACUCCUGCAUAUGUUGCUCCAGAGGUAAUUAAUAGAAAAGGAUAUGAUGGUGCAAAGGCUGAUAUUUGGUCUUGUGGAGUAAUUUUGUUUGUUCUCAUGGCUGGUUUUCUCCCCUUUCAUGAUUCAAACCUGAUGGAGAUGUACAGGAAGAUAGGAAAUGCCGAAUUUAAAUGCCCGAAUUGGUUUCCACUAGAUGUUAGAAGGCUAAUAACAAAAAUUCUUGAUCCAAAUGCAGAAACCAGGGUCUCAAUUGAAAAAAUAAAAGAAAAUUCAUGGUUUAAAAAGGGGUAUGAUGCAAAGCAGAUGAACAAAGACACAGAAGCAAGAGACUUGGUUCCGCUUGAUGUCAAUGCAGCUUUCAAUUCCUUUCAGUUUACUGCAGCAGAAGAAAAUCAAGUAAUGGAGAACAGAGAGAUUGGGAAGCCCGUAAAAUUGAAUGCUUUCGACAUCAUUUCUUUUUCAGCACUCAAUCUUUCUGGUUUGUUUGGCGAUGCUGACUGCAAGAGGGAAGCAAGAUUCACAUCCACUAAGCCGGCAUGGACCAUCAUCUCAAAGCUUGAAGAAGUUGCCAGGAAAUUAAGGCUGAAGAUUAAGAAGAAGGAUGGAGGAGUUUUGAAAAUGGAAGGAUCUAAAGAAGGUUUAAAGGGAGUUUUGGCCAUUGAUGCUAAUGUUUUUGAGGUGACUCCUUCGUUUCAUCUGGUAGAGAUUAGUAAAAGCAAUGGUGAUACAUAUGAGUAUCAGAAGCUGUGGAAGCAGGAUAUGAGACCAGGCCUUAAGGAAAUUGUGUGGGCAUGGCAAGGUGAUGGUGCCUCAGCUUAGUGGCUAUAUAGUUGCUGCAACACUGGUAGUGAUAGAUUCUAUUAGGCCAAUUUUCAUUCUUUUUUAAAAGGGCUCUAAAUUGUUACUUUUUUUUCUUUGUUUUUUUUUUUUGUAGUGGUUUUGACCUUCUGUGUCUGUC